AUGCUUUUAAAGGUUUGGCUUUGUAUUUUCUUCGCCUACGCUCGUUUGGGUGAAGAAAAUAUAGAGCUUUGAUUUUUUCGCGUUCAUGCUAUCUUUGAUAUAUAAAAUUAAAAUUGAUUUUAUUAAAAAUGAAAAUGUUAUCUAUUCAGCCUCACCAAAACUUUCAAGAUAUCAUAUACUUUAUCUUUAAUUUUUCUUCUAUUUUUUAAAACUAUACUAAAAUAAAUUCUUAAUCUCUCUUUAUUUUGAUAGAAAGCAAAAUUAAUUUAUCCAUUCAAGGCUAUUUUUUUAAAAUUAAUAUAGUAAUUUUUCUCAAAUUAAAAAAUAGCAAAAACUAAAAAGAAAAAUUAAUUUAAUUUAUAGAGCUUAUAAUUUAUAAAGCAAGCUGCUGCUAAAGUUCAAUAAGGUUAUUUACGAUGACUAUCAACGAUAUUUAAUAUAUUUUUAUAAAAUUCCAAAAAAGUAGUUUUUGCUGCUGUUUUUUACUCAUUAAGGAGUUAAAACAUAUUAUUACAUAGAGAGGAAUAGUCUUUGAAGGUUAUGCCAAGCAUCUAUAGCUUGAAAGUUGAAAAAAUACAAUUUCCGAGAGAUAUAUCUCCCAUGACAUUAAAUAAUUAUAUCCAAUCACGAGGCAAUGAAGCACUUAUAUGCCCAAAAUACUUUUGCAAACCUAAUGAUAUGGUCUUUACAACAGGCACUUGCGUUUAUGAGAAUGAGUCUACGGAGAGUUUUUACGUACAAAAGUGCAACAGUGACUACGUUUGUGAUAUGCAAUAUCCUGUCAAUUACACCUGUAUAAUUCCACCUUAUUUUUCUGGAAGUAAUCCUGGUGAAAAGUGUAACACACUUGCAGACUGCAGCCAAUAUUGCACAAACUGCACCAACAACAUAUGCUUAGGGGUAUAGAAGUUUCCUAUGUUUGGCGCUGUAAGGCCGAUAAAUUCUGAUCGGAAUUUAUCGGUAGGUUGCACCAAAUCAAUGCCUUGGUCGGACCACAAAGCGAUUUGGUCGAACCAAAAAAUUUUUUCAGUGGGCAAAUCAAGGGCAAACAGUGCCAUCUAAGGGAAAUUUCUAUAUCUUUGAAUUCAAAUUGCCAAUACCAUUUACAGUGUAAUCCAGGAUUAGCUUGCUCUUCUAAUAACGUAUGCAUUGCGCAAAUUCCAAUAGGUGGCUAUGGGUGCAGAAGUGAUUACGAUUGUGUAAACACGGCAGGAUGCAAUUCUACGUACGGUCAGCUAGGUAUAGAGGUUUCCUCUAUAUAGCGCUAAAAGCGCAGACAUUUUCCCAGGAGCUUUCCAAGUUCGUCGGACCAAAUCGCUUUUUGGUCCGACCAAGGCAUUGAUUUGGUGCAACCUACCGAUAAAUUCCGAUCAGAAUUUAUCGGCCUUACAGCGCCAAACAUAGGAAACUUCUAUAGCUGUUUGUCAUAUUUUUCGAUUCCACCUCAUCAGUAUGUUGGACUUUGUAAUGGAGGCCAAAGCUCAUUAUGCUCCAGCAUUAGCUGCGCUUCUAAUGGACAACAAUAUUUGUGUACAAUUCCGCUUUUAUCAGCAUCCGCAACUCCAGUCUCUUGCUUGUCAAAUAGUGAUUGCUUGUCAACUUCAGAUCCCUUUUUUAAUCCACCUUUCAGCUUACAGGGGUAUUGCUCUUGUGGCUUAAAUUCAAACGGAAUCUCUUACUGCCCUUUGUCUCCUGGCGAUGCACUAUAUUUAAAGUAUUUAAAUCAAUAUCAAAAAUGAAUAAUGAGUCCUGAAAUAAACAAGUGCAAUACGGUGGAUAGAUUUGAUACUGCGUGCAUAUCAAAUUGAUGGGACAAUAAAAAUUUUACUACGUUUAUGAAUUAUUUCCUUAAUGUAGGGUAUUAUAGUCAAGUCCAAAAUACUCCUUUGUGUGUUCUUCAAACGCUUAUGCCUGAAUAUUUACAAUAUUCAAAUACUGGCCCAUUCUGUCCUUCUUUCCAAUGCAAGACAGCAAGCCAAGUAUUUGCUAGUAAUCAGUGCGUAUUUUAUGAUGGAAAUCAGAAUUUUUAUGUGAAAGCUUGCUCAGAUUCAAAUACAGUUUGCAAUUUCGUCUCACUACAAAAUGCUACAUGCGUACCAAUAAUAAAAUAUCCUGGCCAAAAUUGCACUUUUAGUAACGAGUGCUUUACUUAUGCAUGUGCAAAUGGUGUCUGCCAAGGAGGAGGAAAAGGCUCUAAAUGUAAAAAAAGUGCUGAAUGUGACCCAGGACUUUACUGUUCAAGCGAUGAAUGUAAGCCACUUACUCUCUCUUCGUUAGCGAACAAUAAAUAUUUUGGAUAUAUAUAAGUGAUUAUUAGUAUAAUGAGAUCUCUAGCUAAUUCUAAAACUAUUUGCAUUUAAAGCAUAAAUUUGAAAAAUUAAAUUAAUCUUAAAAUUUAAAUUUUGAAAAAAUUUACUGUAAAAUCUCUAUAUAAAUUUUUUAAAAACAACAAAUUCGCCUCCCUCCUUGAGCGAACAAAAUUUUUUGUUCACUCACAGAAAGGGGAGUUAAAGGAAUGGGAGAGCGCUGCACAAGUGACUCAACUGUGAGUAUGGCUCGCUAUGCAUGGGAAAUAUUCAAAGGUGUGUUCCUAUUGGCUCCUUAG